AUGGGCAAACGAAAGAAGUCGAGUCGAGGUCCUCAGGGUCCGAAGAAGAGAGAACCGCUUGCGACGACCUUCGCAUGCCUCUUCUGUAACCACGAGAACUCAAUCACGGUAAAGCUAGACAAGAAGCUCGGUCUUGGAAACUUGUCGUGUAAAGUCUGCGGCCAGAGGUUUCAGACUGGUAUAAACUAUCUUUCCGCCGCUGUUGACGUAUACUCCGACUGGGUAGACGCUUGCGAUGCAGUCGCAAAGUCAAAGGCCAAUACGUAUGACACCGACGAAAAAGCCGUGUACUCUCGUGGUUCGCCCGCCGAUGCAGAUCUAGAUGCGGAUCUUUGA